AUGCUCGCCAAGUUCCGUCCCCUCAUGGCGACGGCGGCGAAGGCAAGGGCGCCGCCGGCCGUGACGGCUUCCACAGCGGCGGCGGCAGCGGUGGAGCGGGAGGAGCACGUGCACUACAAGCACACUGAUGCGUGCCACCAACUCCGGUGGACAGCCAAGGAAAGCUAUGAGUACAUGUACGCGCGGCCGUGGAGCAGGGUGGUCGACUUUUAUGCGAGCUUGUGCGCGCCGGCGCCGGCGCCGCGGGGCUCGCCAAGCUAUUUGGGAAAGAUGAGGUUAGUAGAGAAACAUCUUGGACAAUUUGUUGAUGAGCGAAAAGCUAAACAACUUGAAGCAAGAUCUUUGCCAAUAGAAGGCUGUGCAGUUGUUGCUGGGUGCACUGACAAAGGGGUGACUGCUCUUCAGCAAGUUUGCUCAUUUUAUACAUGGAGAAAGGAUGUCAAAUCGGGAGAUAUAAAAGAUGCAAUAAAUGAGGCUGCUCCAGAUAAACUAAAACCUUUGCAUGUGUCAGAGGUUGCACGUGAGUUUCAUCCUAAUUUUGCAGCGAAAUGGAGGAGUGGUCCACCUACAGAAUGUUUCAUGUUCCAUUCCCGAGCUGCAGUGGCCAAACUACAUUCUGCUAAUGAGGAUUAUAAAGAAGGUAUGAUGGUCAUGUGUGUUGAGCUAGUUGCGAACAGAUUUCUACGCAAGAUGGUCAGGGUUCUUGUCGCCACUGCCAUAAGAGAGGCUGCUGCUGGUGCUGGUGACGAUGAUUUGCUGAAGUUAAUGGAAGCCACCGACAGGCGUGCCACUGCACCUCUGGCACCGCCAGAGGGCCUUUGCCUGGUAGAUGUUGGUUACGAAGAUUUUAGUAAACAGAGGUGCUUCAUAGUUGAUUAA